GCUCCUUUGAGCAUCUGAGGGCACACACGGCAUUAUCGACUUGCACGCGUGCAUGCAAAGACUCACAUAAUGGACCAAUCAACUUUGAUCCAAGGCGUGCAGUUCGACACGUCGUUAGCGCUGCGAGGCAAAGUGUUGUCGCUCUACUCAUUGGACACCAACACCGACGCGGUUAUCUCGGAGGCGUAUCACCGCCGUUGCAAGUUCGUGGACCCGAUUGUCUCCACGAGGGGGCAUCGAGAGGUGAAGGCACAGUUCCGGAGCCUACGCGCGUUUUUGAGAUUUUCCAAGGCAGAACUUGUCUCCAGCCACUAUGACGUCUUGAGCAGCACCUUAACGAUGGACACAACGAUGGUGUUCAAGCCCAAGCUGUGGCCGUUCAGCUCCUUUCGCCUCAAGUGCUUCACGGUGGUGGUGGUCGGUUCCGACGGGCUGGUCCGCUCGCACACAGACCACUGGUCCGUGGCAUCCCUCCUGGAGACCAAGAUCGGCUGGAUGUACAGAGCCGGGCGCCGGCUGUUCGGAGCGGUGACCUCGGUGUUGUUCGGCUGGCUGACCAAAGACUCGACUCCGCUCGUGCUCGCGGAGCGUGUCCCUACGGCUCCUCCGGUUGUCGAGGCUUCUUCUCUUAACUCGAAGUCAGAUUGAUUGGAAGCGUCGUUGUGGAAUCUUUCUCGGUUGGGGUGGCACAGCUUAGGUAAGGUGCUGUCUGUCUUGAAGUUGAGGUUUCUUUGUACGACACAGAUCGAAUUGGUGUGAUGGCGAGGGGCCGUGCCACAAAGAUCACUUGAAGUUAUUCUUGGGCUGCUGUGAGCCUCAUUUGUGUGAAGUCUUUGGAGCAGAACCCUCGAAAUGGUUUGGUCACACCAGCCAAGGGAUCGAGUGGACUCGUGAAAGUAGAUGACGAUACACAACAUCUCCGGAGACUGAUGUUUCUUCUCGAUCGAUGGUCCGCAGUCAGGUGUAGAAUUCCGGGCUUUGGAUUAGUACAGAGUGUGUGUUCAAUAUCUCAUCGUUGUUACUUUGAUAUGAACAUCAGCGCAGGAUGUUUGUUGUACAGGGAAUGUCUUAUGUAUUUUUACACGUGAGUAGCCAAACAAGGAUCAAAGCGUCCGAACAUAGUGUAGGUGGUGUCUACCUUCCGUACAAUACUGUAGUUUCAUGUGGUGUCUGGGUUGACGACAAAGCGAACGGUGCGAAGCUGUUUCGCUGCUGAUCGCGCACGUGAUCCCGCGCGCAGGUUCUCUUGCGGAGUAGAGAGCACGCGUUUGGCUCAUGUUGGCUGCCCAUAGCACGGUGGCCUCCUGGCUCUAUUCCCUCUUAGUUGCGUGCCGACAUUGCUACUCAACAAUAAGCAUGGCAAUAGAUUGGUAACAGCAAGGUUGCACUGCUGUUGCAGUAGACAAAGUUGUGCGCCGGAGACUUGUCUGAUGUGGUGAGACAAUCCCCGAGAUACCAUGAUAGGAGUGCUUGCCGAAAUAUCGUUGAAAUAAUGGUAAAAAUAUGAUGUCUAGAGUGGGCUCAGGUACUGAUUUGUGCUGCAAGUUCUGUGCCGAAGCGUUUUGAACGCAUGAAGAAACUCCCGCAGCACAUGGAGAAUAAUGGCCCAUAGAUCGAUCGCCUGGUAUUUUCAGUCCACGGGCUCAGAGAUUCGGGUGGGGUAGAGAACAAGUCGAUGUAUGGACAAAUCGUGUUGAGAUAAACUCGAGGUGGACAGUGUCGUAUUUUGCGAAGUCUGUGGUUGGUGACGGCUGGCGACGGCCAGCACAGGUAUUGGGGUUGAUAUGUUGGGUUGAUUUGUACAAAAGUGAUUCGUUACCCGGUGUACUUCGUAUUCGAAUGGGAGCGAUGUCCGACUCGCAAUCUCCGAGACUCGCAAUCUCCGAGAGGUCCAUUCAUAUAUUAUUAAUUCCAAUUGUUUUCAAGAAGUAAGGCACACGCACUCACUUCAACAGU